GCCGCGGCGGCGUUUGCUGUGUUGACAGGCCCGCAGUCUGCCGCUGGAGCUGCUCUUAUCACGUUUCACCUCAACCUCCUCAUCUAGAACUUUCCUCCUACUUCUGGCUUCCUGAACAUCCCCGAUCCACCCAUGGCGACCGAACGCAGUUUCACCGACAGCUUCAUUGACGAGGACCCACAGAAAGCUCUGGAGGAGCUGAAUGAGGCCUUGCAAGGAGACUCUGACAAUGCUGAGUGGUUUUGCCAGCGCGCCUAUGCCCACAUACUGCUCAAAAACUACAGCUGUGCUGUGGAUGAUGCCAAGAAAGCCCAGCAGCUAAAACCCAGCCUUCCUCUUGCCUUUAUGCGAACAGGAAUAGCAGAGUACCACCUGAACCACUAUGAGUCAUCACACGCAGCCUUCACUCAGGGACACCAACUGGACGGUUCUGACAAAUCUUUUGAGAUCUGGAUCAAGCGCUGUGAGGAGAUGAUGGGAAAGCAGAAUCAGAACGGUAACGUCAACACGACACCGGAGGCUCCACCUGUGAAACACGACUGGUACCAAACAGAAUCUCAAGUCAUUGUCACAAUCAUGGCAAAAAAUGUACCGAAGGACGGGCUGUGCAUCCACUUCAAGGAGCGAGAGCUGUUUGCUAAAGUGCAGCUGGCAUCGGGGCAGGACUACAGCCUCAACUUCAACCUCCUUCACUCCAUCGUCCCUCAACAGAGCACCUACAAGAUCCUCGCCACCAAGGUGGAGAUCAAGAUGAAGAAGACAGAAGCCAUCAGGUGGGAGAAGCUGGAGGGGGAAGGACAGGAGUCCAACAUCAAACACUUCACUCCCAACCAGUACCCAUCGUCAUCCCACUACACCCGCAACUGGGACAAGGUGGUGGUCGACAUCAGUGAGGAGGAGAAGAAGGAGAAGCUCGAGGGAGACGCGGCGCUCAACAAGCUCUUCCAGCAGAUCUACUCCGACGGCUCCGACGAGGUCAAGCGAGCAAUGAACAAGUCCUUUACGGAGUCAGGCGGCACGGUCCUGAGCACCAACUGGAAAGACGUGGGCAGGAGAAAAGUGGAGAUGAGCCCACCUGAUGACAUGGAGUUCAAGCAGUACUGAACACCUCCCACACUCGCUCUCUCUUUCUCUCUGUUUUCUGACCUUAUCUUCCUCCAAUCCUUUUCCAUCUCACCUCCAAUGGAAGUCGUCACUCUCCACAUCACCACUCUCAAUUUUUUUUUUUUUUUUUCCUGCUCCAGCAUCACUCGGCCUCAGCGCAUCGUCUGCAAACCAGAAAACCAAACUGGCUGCUCCUCUCUCUCUCCCGUAGCCUUUGACCACAGAGGGUCAUUUGAAUAAUCUCUCGAUUGGAUUGGUUGAUACGUGUUGGUCAAAGUGCGUCUGGCUCAAAAAAGGGAACUUAAGUGCAAACUGAAGGCGCACACCUCAAAGUGCAUCGAUUCAACUUUGAGACCCUUGUUUUAAAUCGCCGUUCCUCCUAUUUUCCUCCACUCCCGCCCUCCCUCCCUCCCUCUUGCUUUUCUCCACCACUCAGAGCCUUUCUAUCAGGGAGCCGUCUCGAUGUCCCUCUCCCACCACUUGUAUAAAAGUGUAAAGAUGAUUUAAAAAUAGAAACCAUUUGAGAUGAUAAAUGAUUAUAACAACAUCUGUUUCUGAGCUCAUGCAGUCUUUUUUCCCCCCCUUCUGUACACUCUAUAAGAAAUCAACAGCAAUACACGGCGAACUGACCUGUCGCGACAUGUCAAAGCGACGGCUUUAGCACCGGCCGCUCCCACAGUGUGAUUCAAGCUACAGUUCAAAUAAAAA